GACUUCUCCCUCGAGAACGUGGACAAGGUCCUCGACCAGGUGCGGCCCUACCUCGUCGCCGACGGCGGCAACGUCGCCGUCGUCAGCGCGGACCCGGACUCGAAGGACGUGAUCCUCCAUCUCGAGGGCGCGUGCGGGUCCUGCCCGUCGAGCACGCAGACGAUGAAGAUGGGCAUCGAGCGCGUGCUCCGCGAGCGCUGGGCCGAC